UCGUUUUGAUAUAGGAAAGACUAACCAACUAAUCUACGAAGAAAGAACACGAGCACUAUAUAUAUUGACAAUAAAAGCAACUAAGAGAAAACAAAGGCAACGUCAUCCAGUUUAAGUUGUCUAUCAAUGUCUUUAAGACAACAUACUUAUUUUUCGCAUCGAUUCUAUCUUACUAUCGGAUAUUAACGGGUUCAGUUAACAAAAAGACUGUCUUUAUGAUUCUGUGAAAAGGGAUACUCCGAAUUCAAAGUUAAACUCUCUCAAUUAUUCACUUGACUAAAAUUGUUGUUCAAAAAUCUGCGUUUUAUUUUGAAAUGGAAAGAAAUUGAAUAGAAAAAUAUAUAUAUCUUAGUAUGAGUUGUUGGCAAUGUCAAAAGUUAUCCAGAGCAUAAUGACUUUUCCUUAUAUACAUAUAAUAAAUUCUAUAUGUUAAAUAGGAAAUUUCAUAAUGAUAUCCAACUAAUAUUACUUAAAAAACUUGGUGAAUGACCAAUAGGUACAAUGAUCAUUAAUUUCACUUAAUGUGACUGAAUCUCAACAUUAGGAAACUUAAUGUAAACACCUCGCUAUAAAAGAUAAUAGUACUUCAUCAAAUAAUCCAACUCACAUUGAAAUCUGCGAAUUUUCAUUACUGUUGCUCACAACCUGAAAAGGUAUGAUAUGAAUUUGAACCAAAUACUCUCUUUUCCAUCAAGAGAUGUCUCCUACUAUGCAUGAGUUAUUCAUUCUUUAGAAAUCAUAGUAUGGUCUUUUGCUGAUUUGGCACUUCACUUCAAACAAUUCAUCUGCGCCAUAUUAUAACGGCUAUCCGACGUGUGAAAUUAUCUUUGAAGUUGUUCACAGAAUCGAUCCAAUUGAUUUUAUUUUCCAAUUCAACACCUUUAAAGUGCAUAUUCUCGUUAGAAGUUCCAAUGAAUAUAAAUCAAAUAUGCUCUUUCAUCAAAAUUAUAUUAUUCACAAAGAGUUUUUCAUUUUACAAAAAACGAUAUCAUUCCAUUUUGCUAAUUCACAAUGCAAUUCAAACAAUUCAGCUUCCGCGCGCCAUACUGUAACGAAUAUCUAACACGUGCAAUGAAAAUAUCGCCUUAUUAUUUCCUUUAAUUUUCAAUGAAUAUGUUAAAAAGAAUCAUCGCGAUUCGAUCGAUUUAUUCAUCGUCGUCGUCGAUAUGAUUCCUUAACUUUCUCACAGUAGAUUUUUUUUUUUUAGUCGAUUCAAUGGCGGGAGCAGUGACGACGACGACGCAAGACGAAUUCAACACCUUCCAUUGCAUCGACCGCGACCUCUAUGUCGUCCUGAGCAUCGCACUGUGCCGCGACCCAAUGGAGUGCAUGCAAAUCAUGGCGUUUUGGCUAUGGCUGGAGCGGCUCUGCCCAUGUGACGUCGUCUACAACAUCCUUUCCCUGCCAUGGGCUCUCAUCAACGAUCUCGCCGAGGAAGCCGCCUUGUGCCUCAGCUGCAUCAACUCCGACGUUUUCAUCCCUCCACCGAACAACAUCGAAGCCAUCCCGUUGACGGUCGCCGUCCUGGACCAAGACUACAUCUCCCUUCCGUACUUCUUCGACAACCGCUUUGAAGCGAAGAAGAAGAUAGCUAAAGUGUACAACACCGUCUGCGUGCGUGCCCUUAGCGAUAUCAUGCGAAAGGUCAUCGAACAGACUGCCACUGCCGCCACUGCUGCUUUUGCUGCCAUGCAGAUGCCUUCAAAAGCGUCAUCCUCUGCCAACCCACCCAAGGAUGAGAGGUUGGGGAAGGAGGGGGACGAUAGGAGGACCAUGUUCGCGACGUUCUCGAAAGGAUACCCGAUUCUGGAAAGGGAGCUGAGGGAGUUUAUGAGCAAGACCUUCGGGGCCAACUGCAUCGAGUCCGUGCGUAUGCACGAAGCAGCCCCGCCCAAACAGUCUCUGUAUGCUAAGAUCGUCUUUCGCUCGGCGGCCACCGUGGAGAUGGUGCUCAAGGGGAUGCACAUGGCCAAAUUCAGCAUCAACGGCAAGCAUGUUUGGGUUAGGAAGUUUGUCCCCAAGCCCUCUUAAGGAGGAGGAGGAGCCCCUGCACCGCCCAACUAAUAAUGAUGGGUAAUAAGAUAAUAAUUGGGGGGCUUUGUGGUGAAUUAUUAGGAAAAGUUGGAGUUAAUGAGUAAUUGGGAUGGUUGGUAUCUAUUGGGUUGUAGUAAUUUGUUGUGUAAUGACUUGGGGGAUGUCUGCAACAUCUCUACAUAUAUAAAUGCACCUUAUUAUGUGGCUUUGAUCCGAGCUAGUCUAAUUCGAGUUUUAAUAACAAUCGUAAAUUUUCAAACUUAUUUGUCAUGAUUGAACUCUUCAAUCAUUUUCAUUUUAUGUGUUUAAGGAAGUCGCGGAUCGGUGAUAGUGUCCACCAAAAAUCAUUAACAAACAUUUCUUUGAUUUUUGCAAGACAUUUUUUUUUUUAAUUUAACUUGUCAUUUUUAAUUUAAGUUUAUAUACAAAACAAAAAAGAGAGGAAGAAACCCACCCAUCAAGCCCAAUGCAUAUGUUCAAAACUACACAAACACAAAACCCAAAGAAGAAAGAACCACAUAGCCCUAGUCAAUUUGAAUCUCCAUGGAAACAACCCUCAUCAUUGGAAGCUUCAACACAAGCCAACCGCCGCCAAAACAUGACAACGGAUCGAGAACCAAUCAAAAUGAUAGAUUUGACGAACUGCUCAAACUUAACAACCAAGAUGGAAGAUUGGAGCAAGACAAAAAUAAGAGAACCAUAAACUGGUCUCCAAACCUCACCUAGUUGGACUUACAUGUCUUUAAUGGCUCCUAGACAAUGGCUAGCAAGAAGCAAACUUCAGAACGAUGGACACCCAAUGAAUUCACAAAUAAGAGCUACUAGCAUCUUCGAAUCAUCGAGAUUAAUUGGACGAAGCAAGGAGGUAGACGAGAGGCGAGAAGGCUAGCAGGCCGCUACAAUCGUUACUAGACACAAAUCACCUAUAGUAUUCUCUGUAUAAAGUGGUAGUCAAAAUUGGUCAAUACGGGAAAAUCGAUGUUACGAUCGUUAUGACCAAUUUUCGGCUCCUAAACAAAUGACAUGAGUUUGGUGAAUUUAAUUAGAAAUCUUACAUCUAUCUUCUAUAAAAUAUAUAAAGGCUUUUCCAAAAACUACCUUCACCAUUUCAAAAUUCCAGCCCUCCUAUGCAUCCACGUCAGCACCCUUCCGACCAAUCAGAUUUUUUCUUAACUCCUUUUUUUUAUUUUAAGUUUUUCUAUACCCCAAUCAGAAUGUGCCACUUAACUCUCUCUCUCUCUCUCUCUCUCUCUCUCUCUCUCUCUUAUUUUUAAAUCUCCCCUACUACUCUUAAUUGAUUCAUAUUUAUUUCGCUUCAACUCCAAAUUUAAAUAUUAUUGCGCGAAAAAAUCAGAUUUUAUGUGAUCUACACAAGGAUAUCCAUUUUGAUAUAUGUUUUUUUUAAACAUAGCCACAAUCAUAUAUAUACAAGGCAUGUUCCUAUUCGAUAGUUGCGAAACUAUAUCGAUAUCAUUCAAUUGUACCGCCAUAAAGUAUAUACUAACAUAGAUCGCAGAACAAAUUUCUUAUUCUACUGAGUUACUAAAUAAUAUCAAUGUUUAAUUUUGUAAUAUCAUAAUAAUAAUUCACAACAAUUUCAUGGGUGCUAAAAUAUUGUCGUGCAGUACAAACUAAUUUACCUUAAAAAAAAUCAUUUAGCGGCCAACUGGUCGGACUCAAAGGUAUACACGAUUUGAAAUGAGAGAGGACAAUGACAGACUAAACAAAAUAGACACCUUAGAAGGAAAAAAUUACCAAAGUACAUAUUUCAAACAAAAUUUAUCCGGCCAACGGACCGGGUACCAAACUAGUUCAAGUAUGAGCAAUUGUCAUUUAUUUGUUAUGUUAUUAGCUGAAUUCAAAUAUAAAUAUUUAGACCAAAA